UCUCUCAAUCAUUUCAUUUCUACCCUUAUUAUUUUCUCUCUCAUCAAAGUACUGUUCUCUCUAAUCUAUUUCCUCCUUCACUUCACUUCCUUCCCCCCCCUUCGUCGGCGGGAUCCCCACCUUCAUACCCCUCUCAUCUUUUCUUAUUACUAAUUCUCUAUUUUGGGCCCCAAGUUUCUGUUUCUAAUAAAAAAUUUAGAAUUCUUUCCUUUUAUAAUAUUUUCAAACUUAAUUAUUUAAAAAUUUCUCCCAUGUCGGCGAUAGAUGGAACAACUACUAACGGCGGAGGCGUAGUCGUCACCGGACUUCUUGAACAACCACAACCACAGCAAAGACAGUCUCCGGCAACAACGACAGCGUUGACAACCACAUCAACUACUACAACUGCUUUAGCAGUCAAGAAACCUCCGGCUAAAGACCGUCACAGUAAAGUUGACGGAAGGGGAAGAAGGAUAAGGAUGCCAAUUAUUUGCGCCGCACGUGUUUUCCAGCUCACACGCGAGUUGGGCCACAAAUCCGACGGUCAAACUAUUGAGUGGCUUCUCCGACAAGCUGAGCCGUCGAUUAUAGCCGCCACUGGAACUGGAACCACUCCCGCUUCUUUCUCCACGUCGUCACCUCACUCGUUGUCGUCUCAGCACCAUCUCCGUACAGUUGGUCUUCUCGAAAGCAAGCCUUCGCAGUCAUUGUUACCUUCUCCGACGCCGUUUUUGUUGGGGAAGAGAUUGAGGACUACAGCGGAGGAGAAUGAACAAAAUGGAGUGGAGAAAGUAGAUGUUGUUACAACUGCUACAAUUGGGCCUACCGCGGGUUAUUGGGCUAUUCCUGCUCGGCCUGAUUUCUGGAGUUUUGGGCCUGAAAUGGUUGUGGGUCCUACUUCUUCUCUUAGCCAACAAGCGGCGGCUAUAGCUGCUGGGAGGUUUUUAACUACUCAUCACCAGCAACAAGAGCAACAGCAACAGCAACAGCAGCAGCAGCAGCAACAAGUUGGGGUGUUAGGGGAAGGUUCUAGAGUUGGGAAUUAUUUGCCGAUCCACCAAGGUCAUCAUCUUAAUCUAUUGGCUUCGUUAUCGGGUGCUCCUGCAACGGGUACGGGUGCGGGUGGGUCAUCUGAUGGACGGAGAGACGAUGAUCCUCGUUGAAGUGGGUGUGUGCUUUUAUAUUUAUUUGUUAUUGUAAGUAUGAAAAAAAUGUGAAUUUGUUGUUUCUUCUUCUUUUGUGUGGGAGAUUGAGAGCAGAAUUAUUAGUUAAUUUUGAAUUGUGAUAAAAACUGUUUAGUGAGUGUGAUUAUGUUCGUUCUUUCUCAAAGGGGAGGAAAGAACAAUUAGUAGGAGUUUGGUGUUGGAUUGAUGACACUGAUUUUGAUUUUUGAUGUUUAGAGUUUUUAGGUUUUAGGAAUUCUGUUCCCUUGUUUUCAAUGGGUGGUUUUUUUCACUGCUCUGCUGUGCUCUUCCCUUCUGUUGGGUAAUGGAAGGAAGAAAAUAUGGACGAGGAAGAAACACAGAUUGUAAUUUUUCGCGGAGUUUUUGUGAGAUAAACCUCAUGGGAAGGUUUAUUUUCUCAUUAAUCAUAAAUGUGAAUUGUCAAGUUGUAAUCUUUUGAUUAAUUCUUGCACCACCAACUUAGUUUGUGAAUUGUAUUUGGUGUGUCGAUUUAACAAUUUAAUUUUAAUAAAAUGAAAGAAUUGACUUGAUUGUCAAAAAUGUGUAUCAUUUAGUUAUUGCCUUAUUUGGGCUUCCUUGUGUAUCAUCUGUAUGCUAAUUUGUUUUGUUACCCAAUUUCAUUGAUAAUUCAAAUACACUAAUUUGCAGAAAAA